AUGGCUCGUACUUCGUCGCGCAGGAAGCCAGCCGUCGACUACAGCGAAAGCCCAGCGACCAAGGCCGAGGCAGCAACCUCGAGCACGACGGCAAAGGCCACCACUCGAGUCGAGGAACCUCCAUCCAAAGCUGCGUCCAAAGCCACGGCCAAAGCCGCGGCAAAGCGCAAAGCAGAGCCAGAAGCGGUAGAGUCGGACUCGGGUGAGGUGCCUAGAGCUGCAAAGAGGCCCAAGGCCAAGGCCAAGACCAAGGCAAAGGGCGACGACAGCAUGCCGCUCGCAGAGCGGACGGCUGUGGCGUCGCUGGGCAAGGCCAUGUACAUUGGCGCCCAUGUCAGCGCCGCAGGAGGCGUAAACAACUCGGUCACGAAUGCGAUGCAAAUCGGUGCCAACUCCUUCGCUCUCUUCCUCAAGUCGCAGCGCAAGUGGGACAACCCGCCCAUGAGCGCCGAGGCGCGCGACCUCUUCCUCGGCGGCUGCAAGGACCAUGGCUACAGCGCCGCCCAGCACGCCCUCCCGCACGGGUCCUACCUCGUCAACCUGGCGCAGUCGGACGCGACCAAGGCUGCCCAGGCCUACAAGAGUUUCGUCGACGACUUGCAGCGGUGCGAGCAGCUCGGCAUCGGGCUGUACAACUUCCACCCGGGCUCGACCCUGGGCGACACGCGGCCCGCGGCCAUUGGGCGCAUUGCGGCCCAGCUCAACAGCUCCCACAGGGAGACCAAGACGGUGGUGACGGUGCUCGAGAACAUGGCGGGCAGCGGCAACGUCAUUGGGUCGACGUGGGAGGAUCUGAGGGACAUUAUAGACCUCGUCGAGGACAAGGACCGCGUGGGCGUCUGCAUCGAUACGUGCCAUGCCUUUGCUGCCGGUUACGACCUGCGGACGAACGAGGCGUUCAAAACGACAAUGGAAUCGUUUGAAAAGACCGUGAGCUUCAAGUACUUGAAAGCCUUUCACCUCAACGACAGCAAGGCUCCCCUUGGCUCCAACCGCGACCUCCACGCCAACAUUGGCACCGGCUUCCUCGGCCUGCGAGCCUUCCAUAGCAUCGUCAACGAUGACACCUUCCGCGGCAUGCCCAUGGUGCUCGAGACGCCCAUCGACCGCAAGGGCGCCGACGGCAAGACGGUCGAGGACAAGCAGAUUUGGGCCGACGAGAUCAAACUGCUCGAGAGCCUCGUCGGCAUGGACCCGGAGGGCGACGACUUCAGGGCCAAGGAAGCGGGGCUGCAGGCUACGGGCGCGGGCGAGAGGAGCAGGAUUCAGGACCAGGUGGAUAAGAAGUCGGCAAAGGACGCCAAGAAGGGCAGUAGAGGUGCCGGUGGCAAGAAGACGCAGUAG